GGUCGCCCUUCUAUUGCAUUUUGGAAACAUUCAGCUUUUGGAAAAAAAUAUAUAUUUAAAUAAUAUCGAAUAGAACAUAAAAGGAAACUAAGACCUAACUCAAGAAAAUCUAUUAUAAAAAUGGAAUACAACAUUUCAACAUCACUGGGUAUCAACGAUAGUGAAAGUUAUGAUUACGAUCCUACCGAUUCUUGGAAUUACUACAAUUUGUCCGAUCUCAUUCCCACUACAAUUGUUUACGGUACAACAUUAAUCAUUGGUCUAUUGGGAAAUAGCCUAAUCAUCUAUACGGUCCUUACUUUUCAACGCAUGCGCACAAUAAGUAACAUAUUUUUGGCCAGUUUGGCUACAGCUGAUCUACUGCUCAUCCUAAUAUGUGUUCCCGUAAAGUAUUGGCCUCAAAAAAGAUAUUAUGCCAUAAUUCAUCCUGUAAAAUCAAGAUACCUUUGUACCGUAAGUCAAGCAAGAAGGGUCAUUAUUGCUAUUUGGAUCGCAUCGUUUGUUGCUGCUAUACCAAUCAUAUUUACUCAAAUUCACAUGAGAGUUGGUGAAAGACAGAUCGCGUAUUGGUGCGUGAGAAAUUGGGAUCAACGUGGUCUGUGGCAGAUUUAUGAGCUUUACAUGUUGCUCUUAAUACUUAUAGCACCGUCAAUCAUUAUGGGCUAUGCAUAUAUCCGCAUUUGUCAUCAGUUAUGGAUUGUUGUUAAGGAAAGAGCCAGUAUGACCUCAGGAGAAAUGCCAGGAACAGAGUUACAAGUAAGAGAAUCGCAUCCAAAAAAUCAAUACUCCACUCAAGUAUGUGUAGUGAAACCGAAACCGAAAUCAAGCUUUCAUAAAAUGAAUAGCGAUAGCGCGACAGUUAAACAAGUAAUUAAAAUGCUGGUGGCUGUGGUUCUGCUAUUCAUUCUAUGCUGGUCCCCGAUUUUAAUCACUAAUGUGCUAACGGCAUUUGGCAUUGUAGAUGAAUUAAAUAUAGGACAUUUGAAGCCGCUGAGGACGGCUUUCCAUCUUAUGUCAUAUUUUAAUAGUUGUGUCAAUCCCUGCGUUUAUGGAUUCAUGUCACAAAACUUUCGCAACAGUUUCCAGAUAGCCUUGAAAUCAUGUCUUUGUGGAAGGCAAAAGAUUAAAGGACAACCAUCAGUAAAUCGUACCACAACCACUUCUGUCAAUUAUGGAAGGUCUACAUUCAUCACCUGAAAAUUACUGAAAUUUAAAAGGAAACGUAAACAAUAAUAUUUAUUGAGAAGGAAUAUUAAGACUGAAACACAUUAAUUUCUCGUGAAGAGAGUCUGAAUAAAAAUAAAAUCAUAUUUAUGAAAGGGCAAUAUACACGACAUAUAUUUUCAAAAUCAAUUUAAU